AUGGUGAACCUGCGCGAAAGAAUGAGGCCCAUACGAAUCCUGGGUUUUGUGUUCAGCCUGGUAGCCAUAAGCGCUAUCUCCUUUUCCUUCAGUGCCUUGACCUGGAGCUCAGGGACCUACUCAGAGCCGCUCCGGCCCCAGGAGGCCAUCCUUCAGUCUGGCCCAACUCCACACAGGACUCUACUUUCCACACAGCACCAGAGGGACCCCAAUGUCUCAGCCGACAUUCCCGUGGCAAUGAGGUCUUCGGCAGACGGCAACGAGAGCCAGGGGGACUACCCCACGGACCUGUUCACCCUGGAGGAGAGGCGCCAGGGCGCUGUGGUGCUCCACAUGUUUGGGAUGCUGUACAUGUUCAUCUCUUUAGCCAUUGUGUGUGAUGAGUUCUUUGUGCCCGCUCUGACAGUCAUCACAGAGAAGCUGGCCAUCUCUGAUGAUGUGGCGGGGGCCACCUUCAUGGCGGCAGGCGGGUCGGCGCCGGAGCUCUUCACUUCAGUCAUUGGUGUAUUCGUCUCCCACAGCAAUGUGGGCAUCGGGACCAUUGUGGGCUCAGCUGUCUUCAACAUUCUCUUUGUCAUUGGAAUGUGCGCCAUCUUCUCCAGGGAGAUCCUCAAUCUGACCUGGUGGCCCCUCUUCCGUGACGUCUCCUUCUACAUCAUGGACCUGAUCAUGCUCAUCUGUUUCUUCCUGGAUAACUACAUCUCCUAUUGGGAAAGUAUUGUGCUACUUUCAGCCUAUGCCGCCUAUGUGAUCUUUAUGAAGUUCAACAGCAACGUGGAGGGCUUCGUGAAAGGCUGCAUGAACAAGAAUCAAGUGGUGGAGGUGGAAGUGCAGCCCAAGGCUGUGAGUCCCGGGGCACCAGAGGAUGAGAGCAAGCUGUCGGCUAGGCCCCGGCUUCAGAGAGGUGGUAGCUCAGCCUCCCUGCACAACAGCCUGAUGAGAAACAGUAUCUUCCAGCUUAUGAUCCACACACUGGACCCUCUCAGUGAAGAAUUUGCUGAUUCUGGAAAAUUCAGAGAAAAGGCAUCCAUCCUUCAUAAGAUUGCCAAAAAGAAAUGCCAAGUAGAGGACAGUGAGAAGGCUAAUGGAGUAGCCAGCCGGUCAGAUAAAAAUCUUCCAAACAGCUCAAAUGUCGAGGUGGAAGUCACACCACCAAUGAAUGGUACUGCAGGACAAGAAGGGGAAGCUCCGGCUGAGGAUGAGGAGGAAGAGGACCAGCCUCUGAGCCUGUCCUGGCCAGAUACCAUGCGCAAGCGUUUCACCUACCUCAUCAUCAUGCCCAUCGUCUUCCCUCUAUGGCUAACACUGCCUGAUGUCAGGAAACCAACUGCAAAGAAGUUCUUUCCCAUCUCAUUUCUGGGUUCUAUCUGUUGGAUUGCUGGAUUCUCCUACUUAAUGGUGUGGUGGGCUCACCAGGUUGGAGAGACCAUUGGGAUUACAGAAGAGAUUAUGGGCUUGACUAUAUUAGCAGCUGGUACCUCCAUCCCUGACCUAAUCACCAGUGUCAUUGUUGCACGGAAGGGGCUGGGGGAUAUGGCCGUGUCCAGCUCUGUGGGCUCCAACAUCUUUGACAUCACUGUUGGCCUGCCGUUCCCAUGGCUACUCUGGUCCAUCAUCAACAACAUGCAGCCUGUGGCGGUGAGUUCUAACGGGCUGUUCUGCGCCAUUGUGCUGCUCUUUCUCAUGCUCAUCUUCGUCAUCAUCUCGAUUGCUGCCUGCAAGUGGCGGAUGAGCAAGCUGCUGGGCUUCAUCAUGUUCGUGCUCUACUUAGUUUUCCUGGUGCUCAGCGUUAUGCUGGAAGACAAGAUCAUCGCCUGCCCUAUAUCCAUCUGAGACCCCUCCACUCCUGCCACAAAAUGUUCACUCCUUCUACAGGAUACAAGAAGCAUGGGGAUGGGAUAGAGGAAAUACACUCAAAAAAACUUACAGAAUAAGGGCGCAUGAUUUGGCUCGGCUGAUUCACUGGACGGCUAAACCUGAGCGGAAGUAGAUAAUAAUAAUAAUAAUCAUCAUCAUAAUGAUAAUAAUAAUAAUACAAAAUAUGAUUAUUAUUUUGGGGCGGGGGUUGUAGAUGACCGGGGGAUGUAGUUUUUUGGGAUGGGGGGUGUAUUAGCCAGGUAGAGGAGCAACUAUGCCGUCUUAUGCAUGUCACUUGUUUUACUAGAUCAGUGGACUACUCAGUAGAUUGAGGAGGCUGAAGGAAGUACACAAGAGACUUCUGACAAAGCUGUGGUGGCUGAGCCUGGCAUGAAACACCAGAGGUGCAACAAUAAUACUUUCUGCUUCAGGACAGAUUGUGAGAAACCUUUUUGAAUAAGACUUUGGAUGACACUCUUUAACUGGUUUCACUGACUGACCGGAUGACUUCACUCGACUUGUCACUCCAGUGUUUGUUGUAUAGUGAGUUUGAUGAUGAUGAAGGGAUGUUGCUGAUACUCCACACAAUGUGUGGAUUCACACAAGACUAAAAUAUGGUUUGGAGCCAUGAUUAUCUCCUCUCUUGUGUACUUAGUGACCAAGCAUCAAAAGAUGAAACAGUCCAAGCAGUUUUGCAUGCAGAGCUGGAGAUAGGAACUGAUUUUUGCAAAUGUAUCUUUUGCUUUGUCCAAAAGACUGAAGUUCAAAUAUUCCAUCUCCCCUUCUGGAUGUCAUUGCUCACCAUGUCUGUUCAGAAGAUUCAUGUAUUAUUUUUGGAUUGACACACUAGCUCUAAUUACUAAAAUAGUAGUAGCCCAGUUGUACUGUAGCAGUAACAUGUACUCUAGGUGUUGGAUCUAGCCUCUUCCUGGGUCUUGAUAGGCCUACUUAUGAUCUUAUCCACUUCUCCACCCGCCAUUGGACAUAAGAGUUCAUAUUGUACAGAGCUUGCCAUGCUUCACACACCAAUUGGAUAUGUAAACUCUACUGGAAAUGUUUAACUUGAAACCCAAUUCAAUCAAUUGCAGACAAAUGAAAAAACGUAACAUAUAUGACUCAAUGUUUAAGCUGGAAUAUAAGGACAGAUGUGGUUGCACAUCAAUAUACAAAGACUACAGAUACGAUUCAAAAUUGAGAUAAGAGAAUGAAGCUGAUACUUUUGUAUGAAUCAUUUUUUCAGACCUCAAUUUGGAAUAACGCCAAGAGAUUGGGGUUGUGUCUAUUUACAAACAUUUAACAACUCUGACACACAGUGUAAAAAUUAUGAGUGAAACCACAGGGUAGUUAAAAAAAGUAAAAUAGUAAAAAUCUGCACUUGAUUGAAUUGGCCUUAUCUGCAGCCUCUCAAACUAUAUAUUAGCUUCCAAUAUUCUUCACUCUGAAUAAGCAAAGCAUGUGUAGACUCCGAUAGGACACUCAUAACCAAUAUGUAAAGUCAAAAUACGGUAGUAGAUAAGAUAACUGGCACUCGAUGUUUGAAAUAGUCAUAAAAUGCUAUACUUAGAUUAGUGAACGUUUAGCACACUCUUGAAAUUAAGACUUUAAUAUGCAGGCUCCUAGAGAAGUUUAUAGGAGCAGUAAAAUGCAUGAUACAUUUUCUUGUUAUACCUGCCAGAAUUAUCACUACCCCAAAAAAUUAUGAAUUAUCAAAUAUUUAGCAUUUCAAUAUUUCUUUGACGCAAGAGUGUUAGGCUUCUAUGUACAAAAUUACAACAAUGUGUAUGGUUAAUGUCUAUCAACCUUGUGCAAUUUAUUUUCAAUUGAAGGGUGCUUUUGUCUGCAUGUGGGAAGUCUGUAUACUCAUUGUAAAAAUUGACAUUUGAUUAACAAAAAGGUAUACAGUAAUAACAAAUGAAUGGAGGUUACCAGUAUUUUGCAGCAAAUGUAAAUGUAUAUUAUAGAAAUCUAAAAUGAUCUAUAUAGUUAGCAAAUCUCAUGCAAUCAUUUUCACAGUCACCCAUAAACUACAGUACAUGGAACAUUGACAUCACAAAACUAACAGCAAUAUACUGUAUACUGUAUGUGUCAGGGUUGGGGUCAAUUCUGAUUCAAAAAAUGUUUUAAAGGAGAGUGGAAUUCCAUUAUCCAUAAGUAUCUUCUGAAUCUUUAUUUAGACAGUGAAGAAUUAGAUAGGGAACACAGGCAAGGAGGAGGGAAGUCAGCAAGGUAAAUGG